AUGUCAUACUCACAGGGCAGUACAGGGUCGAAUGGAAUGGCCUACAACAUGUUGAAUGCUUCGCAAUCCCUCUCCUCCACCCCUCGCGCAACUCCUCCGCCCCCGAAAGGAUCUCAGAUGUCCUCUUUCGGUUACCCCAACGGACUCCCACGAAGUAGCUUUGGUGGAUACGAUGGAGCCAACGACCAUGGGUCGGUAAUGUCAUAUCAGGACGAGUACAAACCACAGAUUUACCGAGCUGUCUAUUCUAAUGUCGCCGUCUAUGAGAUGGAAGUGAAUGGUGUUGCUGUAAUGAAACGUCGAUCCGAUUCUUGGUUGAAUGCCACGCAAAUUUUGAAAGUCGCUGGUGUUGUGAAAGCGAGACGAACGAAAACCCUCGAGAAAGAAAUUGCGGCUGGUGAACACGAAAAGGUACAAGGCGGUUACGGAAAAUACCAGGGGACGUGGGUCAACUACCAACGAGGCGUCGAACUCUGCAGAGAGUAUCACGUUGAAGAAGCACUCCGGCCAUUGCUGGAGUACGAUAUGAGCCCUGACGGUUCCGGAGCUCCUGCUCAAGGCUCAACGAUAGAUACACCCACCAAAGAACAAGCAAUGGCCGCGCAGCGCAAGCGCCUUUACAACGGCGGGGAGAAUCGCAGCGCUUCGCAACCACAGCAGGGAACUUUCUUCCAAAAUAUCUCGCGAACAGCCGCCACCGCUGUUAAUGCCCUCAGCAAAGCGCGCUUUGACUCGCCCAGCUCUAACAGUCGUCGGCCCAGCAUGGCUCGCAAGCCCUCACAGCAGAUGAGCAGCCAGGAAUCCGGGGUUGCGUUCAGCAGCCAGCAGAGCAUGUACAGCAUGUCCGACAGCGGGUUUGGCAGCUUGCAAAAUCGGUACCAGGUGCAAGAUGACAACGAGGAUCUUGCGGAACCACCUCGCAAACGAAUGCGUUCUGCUUCGCACCAAGGCCACCCUAUCGGUCUUACCCGAGAACCGUCUAAUCUAUCCAUGCACGAACCUACACCCACAGAACCUAACGACUCCUUUUAUCAAGACAUGGAUCUUCCUCCCCCUCCCAUUGAUGAUGGCUCGAAACGCGGUGUCGAGUCCCUGGCGCCUGCUUCUACCCCCGAGAGAUUCCAAAAGAUGAAGCUCAUUAUGACACUGUUCCUCGAUAAACGAACAAAAGAUUUCACGGAUCACCCGGCCUUGUUGCAGUUGACCGGUGAUGAUCUUGAAAUUCCCCUUGAUGAGUACCGAAACAAUGCCUUGCACUGGGCUGCGAUGCUUGCCCGCAUGUCACUUCUUAAUGCGCUAGUAGCCAAGGGUGUCAGUAUAUCGCGAGUCAACGGAGCCGGAGAAACCGCCCUGCAAAAGUCCGUGGGCACUCGGAACAACCUCGAUUAUCGAAGCUUCCCGCGUUUGCUGCAGGUGUUAGCCCCUACCAUUGACAUGGUCGAUUACAGCGGACGUACCAUCCUGCACCAUAUCGCCAUGAUGGCUGCCACUGGUGGGGGCGGACACGUCUCCGCAAAGCACUAUCUAGAAGCUCUUCUCGAGUUUAUUGUACGUCACGGCGGUGUAGUCCCAAGUGCGAAUGGAGACCAUGCACCAAACGGGAACUCCAGCGGUGAAGUCAUCUCUUUGGGACGAUUCAUCUCUGAGAUUGUCAACCUUCGCGACGAUCAGGGCGACACGGCCCUUAAUCUGGCAGGGCGUGCACGCUCAGUCCUUGUCCCGCAACUCCUAGAAGUGGGUGCGGAUCCUCACAUUCCAAACCAUACUGGCCUCCGCCCUGCAGAUUACGGUGUGGGUGUCGACAUGGUCGACGGAAACUCGCAAUCUCAACAACCGGCCAAUCGGAACGACACAUUUAUUGAUCAAUUGGCGAAGUCGAAGAAAGAGAUCCUUGAUGGCAAGUGCCUCUUCCCGUCGAUAUGUUCAUUUUUGCUAACAUGA